ACUCCCCCGAGUACUACCUGAGAGAAGAGAGAAGAGAGGGGUUUUAACCGGGGAAGAAUAAAUUGGAUCAUGAACGCAGUUGAGGUGGCGUUCUUUGUGCUGCUGUUGUUAGCUGCGGCGGCGGAGCUUCCAAGGGGAGAUGCGCUGUGGCUGGAGUUGCCGAGCUCCGGUACCAAGUGCGUGUCCGAGGAAAUCCACAAUAACGUCGUCGUUUUGGGGGAUUAUUACAUCAUCGGCGACGAGGGGCAUAAAGUCGUCCCCACCAUUUCCGUCAAGGUGACAUCACCAUAUGGAAACAGUCUCCACCAUCAAAACAACGUGACUCACGGUCAAUUUGCAUUUACAUCAACUGAGUCUGGUAGCUACCUCGCUUGUUUCUGGAUGGAUGGCGAUUUACCAGUGACGAAGGGUGCAACUGUUGGGCUUGACUGGAAGACAGGAAUUUUUGCCAAGGAUUGGAUAUCGGUUGCAAAAAAAGAAAAGAUAGAAGGAGUCAAUCUUGAGUUGAUGAAACUUGAAGGAAUAAUUCAAGCCAUCCAUGAAAAUUUGAGAUAUCUGAAGGAUAGGGAAGCAGAGAUGAGGGAGGUAAGUGAGAAAACCAAUGCAAGAGUGGCUUGGUUUAGUAUAAUGUCCCUUGGCAUCUGUGUAUUUGUCUCGGCCACGCAACUAUGGUAUUUGAGGCACUAUUUUCAAAAGAAAAAGCUCAUCUAGAAGACUAGAAUUCGAGCUUGUGUCAUCAUCCCUCCAAAAGUCCCAAACACCACUUCUCACUUUUUCAAGACUUACCGGGAUCAAAUUACUCGUUUGAGGUUAACAUGAUCUAAAAUUCAAGUUUCCAAAUCUGUAUCAUAUUGAAACGUUUUCGUUACAGACAAUGAACGCAUAUGUGAUAGGCCGAGAUUUUAACCUCGUUACAUGUCAUCUUUAAUAUGCUUUAGGAAUCAAACUUUUUUCUUUCAGAGUCCUUCCUAAUUACAAGAAAUUCUUGUCUCAAAUGUUACAAAUUACAAUGUGUUGAGUAUUGUCUAUGGGAUAGGGUCAAGUAG